CGCCUGACUGAAAAAAUAAAGAACAAAAUUUAAAAAAAAAACAAAUGGCGAUCGCAAAGAUCUUACUGCGACUGGACGUCGCGAAGUUCACCGGAAUCAGACACUUAAGCACAAAGCCGAGAUUCGGGCUGCUCUUCGACAUCGACGGGGUGAUAGUGCGCGGUAAGAAGGUGUUACAGCCGGUGAGAGAGUCCUUCAAGCGGCUUCAAGGGGACAACGGCAAGUUCCGCGUGCCCACUUUGUUCGUCACCAACAGCGGCAACUCGCUGUGCAGUCAGAAAGCGGCCAACCUGUCGGAAUGGAUCGGCUUCGAGGUCGCCGAGUCGCAGGUCGUGCUUGCGCACACGCCGUUGCAGAUGUUCGACUACCUGCACGACAAGCAGGUGCUGAUCUCCGGCCAAGGCCCGAUCACGGAGAUCGCCCGGGAGCUGGGCUUCAACAAGACCGUCACGGUGGAUGAAUUGGCGAGGAACUUUCCGUGCUUGGACUACGUGAACGUGAAGAAGCGGAAUCCGAUAUGCGGACCGGUCGACCCGAACUUCCCGAGGAUCGAGGGUAUCGUGCUGCUGAGCGAGCCGGUCAACUGGGAAACGCCGUUGCAGCUGAUGGUGGACCUCUUAGUCACGAACGGAAUGCCGACGGGUCUGUCCGCAGCUAUUCCUUACCCGCACAUUCCAGUGUUGGCGUGCAACAUGGAUCUGCUGUGGGUGUCCGAGGCGCCGAUCCCCAGAUACGGCCACGGCGCCUUCCUCUUGUGUCUCGAGAGCCUGUACCGCAAGGUCACCGGCAAGGACAUCACGUAUUCCGCUCUAGUCGGCAAACCUAGUGAGAUUACAUAUUACCACGCGAACCGCAUGCUCGUCAAUCACGCCCGGAGCAUCGGCAUCGAGAACGUCGAUACGAUCUACGCGAUCGGCGACAACAUCAACACGGACGUGUUCGGCGCGAACUUGUACGACAAGUACUUAUCCCGCUACGAGUCCGGAGAAGGCACUAGGUCCCGCAGCCUCGAGAAACUGCUGGGGAAGAACAUGAAGUCUCCCAGUGCGAAGGCCUGCAUCAGUAUCUUAGUCGAGACCGGCGUGCAUCAGCGAGACUCCAAGUUUAUACCCGACCACAGUCCCAGAGACUUCCUGCCGGUCGAGGACGGCCUAUGCAAGCCGGCGUUCAUCGUCAAGGAUGUCGGGCAAGCGAUCAAUCUCGCGUUCAAGGAGGAGAAGUUCGAGUGAAUUCGAGCGUGUAGUAAGAUACCUCUAGCCUUGGCGUGUUCACAUCCUUACGUCGCCGGAAAGACAGACAAAGAAAGAGAGAGAGAGAGAAAGAGAGAGAGAGAGAGAAUAAGUGACGUGAGUAUUAUUAUAGCGAAUAAUCCUUUAGAGCGCUAGACAUUGCCACAACAAACGACGUUCCAAAGCGGGGUGACGGAGAGUAAUAGCAGGAGAGAGGCUAUAACGCGAGAAAGCACAAUAUUUUAGUUUGCUCAUCUUAUCAUGUCUUUUCGUCUCCUAACAAGAUUCUUAGGAUACCGAACACUUGCCACCAAGAAUCGUCACGCGUCUUCAGGUGCGACCAACUCGUCGAUCGACGAGAAGAAUUGCAAUCCAAUACGGUUGUUAUCGUGAGGAGAUAAACAAGAGGCAUAAUAUGAAAACUGAAAGAGUCGAGAACGAGAACGUUACGAGCUUGCGGAGGUCGCGUUAAUCUCGCGAGACUCGUGUUAAUUUAUAUCGUAUACAAAUAGAGCGAUCUUUUGAAGGAAACGAAAUAUAUCGUCGCAUCAUUGUAUAUAUAUGCCGAAAUAGAGGGAGAAAGAGAGAGAGAGAUGAUAAAUGUAAAUGUAUAUGUAAAGAGGACUCGUAAGAUGGGUUUCAAUACGUUUCACGGCUGUCGGGUGAACCGCCGAGACUCCGUUCUGCAGUGAUUUCAUCAAGUCAGUUUUAUUCAGCGACACGACGCUCGUCAUCUCUGAUUGACCGAACGAGCAACAGGUGGAGCCACCGAGUCGACUCGAAUUCUACGUGUUUUCUACUACACGCAAAAGAUGACGCUGCUGUGCUGUCUGUCGAAGCGCGCCUUGCUUUAUAGUCAAAGGAGCAACGCAAGCGGUACACACAACACGCAUAUAUAUAUAUAUAGGUGAUACGUAAAGUGUGCUUGUCUAGUGGAUAGUUACAUAGACGUAAGACUAUCGAUAACACGAUCGCUUUCGCGUGAGCCACUCGUGAGCGUACUCGCGAACACAACGUCGAGGGCGCGGUCCAUACCUGGCGCGGCCGGUGUGGAUCGCGCCCGCGCAGUAGUCAGGUCUAGUCUUGAAAUACAGUUCGUUGGUCGAAUACACUGAAUACAAUAUUAUAUCGAGGUUUCUGUUUCUCUCUCCUUUUUCCGGGUGUUGCUGCGACGAGCGAGCCGCGAUUCUCGAUGAAACUCCGGGAGACUGUCCGGCUUAACACUUCGACGGUCACUGUCGGGUUGUCACUUCAUUUUGCCAGCAGCUAUCGUCUUGUGAAGAAAUAUUCCUCGAUAGUAACAGUUUACAAUUAUAAUUUUAUAAUUAUAUAUAUAUAUAUACAUAUAUCGGAAAUUCGCUCAUCAGCGCACGCGACUUUUCGUCGUUUUCUCUUAGCCGAUUAUUCGCCACUCGGUGUCGCGACGCGUGCGACUUUACAGCCGAGAAUUCUUCGGCGUUCUCGCUAUUAGAAGAGAGUCAAGAGGAGAGCUUUACAAAGGGUCGCACUUCACUUGAAGAAAUGCCGUCGUGUAGAAGCGCGUGCUGCCUCACAGCAGCAAGUGAAAGCGCACAUUAUACUUGGUUUUUUACUCACCCUCACCGCUCAAGCUCUCGACACGGUGCGAUCGACCACGUCGCACCACGUGCAACACCGAGGAGCGACGCACGCCGACUGACGCCAGUCGGGACGAAGACUGACCACCCUAAGAGUAGAACUAGACGAACGUCGUGGCUCUCAAACCGGCUUAUGUCGUUCGCUCGCGCGACGAUCGCAGCUGCAAUGAAGCAUCACAUGCAAAUAAAGCUCUCUGACGUCGGCUCAGUAAGCUCCGUCAGCCAGCAACACCUAGUGGAUAGCGAGAGAGUGACACACACGCGCGUACACACCAAUGGCAGUUGUUUCACACACACACACACGCGCGCGUGCGCGCGCGCGCGCAUAUAUUUACAAGUGUGUGGGAAACGCCGCGUUUUACCGAGGGCAAUACCGACACUGUGUGUCCUCUCCUAACUUAUGACAUCUGUAGAGUUCGUCUGAAAUGUAGAAGCGUCUGCGGACUUUUACGGGCGAAAAUUAGAAUUUAUUUUAAUAAACUGCAUGCUCAAUUUCAUUUUA